UUCCAAGAGAAAUCAUUCAAAUACAGGUGUCAUGGGAGCCAUAGAUGGUUCCCUUUUCAACUUUAAGUUAAUAAAUCAAAACAUGACAGCUACCAGGAUAGACAUUUUGAUCAUUCAAUCACCAUGCAAGGUAUGUGUAUCAAAUAUGAAAUAUAUUAAUAUAUCUGUGGGUUAUCCUGGAUCAUUACAUGAUGCACGAAUAUUAUGGGAGUCGAGUCUACACCGAGACAUAGUAAAGAAUGAUGCACACAAUUAUUUUUUUUUGUUGGAAAAUAUCACCUUGUGGCAGAUUCUGCAUAUCCAUGUGAGAGUUGGACACCCUACAAUUUCACACCUGGUUUAACUCAAUACCAGCGGAAAUAUAACAGAGCUCUAAGCCAGCAAAGAGUAGUCAUUGAGCAUUCCUUUGGACAACUAAAAGGA